AUGGAAGUCGUGGUGGCGGCCUCCUCGCCACUGGGCCAAUACUUGACGCAGCUUGAAGCCACAGCCGCCAGCGACAGCGAGACACGGCCGCAAUGGCUGUCUGCACCUCGUGCAGCAGUACCUACCGAGCGACGCAUACGCGACCAAGCGAGCCAGAUGUUGAUGAGCUGGCGCUGGAUGAAGAGACUGUUGGAGAUAGUGCGACGUCACAUUGAGGUGGCAGCAGUGCAGCGACUGAUUCCAGAGCUCUGUGCGUUCCACCCGACGAUCCGUGAAGACUUGCAGCAAGCUGGGGCGAGUGACCCUGCGGUGUUCCGAGUACCGUCCAAGUUUCGUAAAAGUGGGUGGUGCUCUUCUGUUGCAGCAUUGGAAGUGCUGCGGCGUGUCCGUGAGGUUGGUACGGACGAGACCAAGAGGGCUGUCUUGAUGGUGUACGCGUGUGCUGCUUUGAUGGUAGCGAUAGUGACGGCUAUCACUGGACGAGGUGAUGGGGAACACGUGCUGCUGCAGACGAUGAAAGUGAUCGUUGCAGCCACGACUUUCUUCUUGCUAGGUCUAGAAGUGGGUGUGCGAUUACUACAUGCCUGGUAUGCACGUUGCUCGCGACGGCUCGUGGGUUCACUGAGCGCGUUUGUAGUACAACUGGAAACGUUCAAUGAGGUCUAUGCUAGCAGUUUGGCGCUUGUAAAGCGUGCAGAGUUGGCGAGUCGGGGGUAUCGCCUCGGAACGGGUUUGCUGCCGCCGAUUGGCCGAUUGGAGGCGAGCACUAUGAAAAGUGCUGACCAUGGUCGUCGUGGUAAGGAUGCUGCUAUGUAUUCGUCGACGGACCAGUUGCGGUGCGUGCCGCUGCGGCGGAAACUACGCACACUGAAUCAGCAGCUGUUCAUGCUGGCAUUGACAGUGGAGAAGAGCGACCGGACAAUCGAUUACAGGUGUCAAGACCAUUCGAAAGACGAAACGACUGCGGGCGAACAGACUCCAUCACUACUGCUAACGGCGCUGACGAAGCAACACAACCGAGCUAUGCUGUUGCUGGAAAGCGCGGUGCACUCUGCGCUUGUGCGAACAAUGACGCGCGCUUGUUUGCCUCGUAGCAGGACCGAGGUUGGAUGGAGUCUGUUUCGAGCGCUGGACUCGCAGCGGUUUGCAGUUGAGCGAUUGAUUGCAACACUGAGCACGUGUGCCGAUGACCUCGAUGCUUGGAACACCUCCCGUAGUCCUAUGGCACUGCAAGGCAGUGACCGAGCUACGAAACUCUCGGGUCAGCAACAACAAAGGCAGCACGUAGCAUUGUCGAGUGCAAACGAUACUUGCCCACAGAACGUGGCUUCGACACUUUACGAGCUGCGAUCAACAAGCGAGACACUUGCAGCUCUCGUGGUCGCGGCACAACACGAGCUUCUCCCGGCGGAUACAGUAGCAGAAAGACUGACCCGAUCCCGUGAUGCCAUGCACUCUAUGGUCGUACAACUGCAGGAAGCGUGGGCUGCUUACGAUAGUGCGUUGAGCGCAUUGACAGGUCGGGCAGACCAAGCGGAAAUUGUCAGUGAAGGUGCUGUGACUGGAGAUAAGGUCAGUCAUGAGAUGGCUCUAGUGUCUCCGGUAGCUCCAUCAUCAGUUCCAGCUCGAGAAGCCACGAACUGCACUGUUGUAUUCACUGGCACGAGUACAGGCGACAACGAUUUCGAUUUGCAGGCGCUGCUGAAGCGACAGGAGGCGCAAAGUGUCGUCAUAGUCCCUGGCUCAACACCCAAUUUCGUCCGUGAGCUGCGGAACGUGCUGGCAUAUCGUCAAGCCCAUGCACAACCAGGACACACAAAGCAAGUUGACCAGGAUCCCCCUGCACUGUCAACCUCAGCGCCAGAAGCUCCAUUGCUUCCUCCUUGUGCUGCUAUGUUUGCGCCACCGCAUGCACCGCCGCGCAGACAAACUCGACGACUGCUUCCCGUAUCAAGUCGAAGUGACACGUGCUCUGAGGUUACAGCACGUGCCGUCAAUUUGGAGCUGCACGCGCUGCUGCAGCAGUCCCAGUUAUCUCACUACGCAGCUACUGAGUGUUUGGGUGACAGUGAUGUCGACGACGACGCAGAUUGGAGCAAGCGCUUGACCCAGUCCACUAAGGAUCAGUAG